AUGAGCCGCGGGUUCCACUCGCUCUGGGCACUGUGUUUUCUGGUGUCCGUGGGCGCCAGGAACUGCACGACAGGGGACUUUCAGUGCCAGGGAGGCUCCUGUGUGCUCAUUGACAAUGUGUGUGACUUCACCGACCAAUGUGGGGACGGCAGUGACGAGAGAGACUGUAAGUACAGUUCAAGUGGAGACAGCUACACAACCUGGAGCCGAGUUAACGGUCUCACCCAGGCUGGGCCUACCCACGACCACACAGGCAACAGCACAGAAGAACGGUCUUUAGCGGCUUUAAGAAGCACAGUGUUCCUUCCAACUGACUCCUGCCAGAUCAUCUUCUACCACCACUUUGGGAAGAUCACUGGAACUCUGAGGGUCCUGACCCAGACACACCUCAAUGGGAAUUAUGAGCAUGUCUGGACUCGGUCUUUACCAGAACAAGAUCUUUGGGAGCGGUCCGUACUUGUCUUUAACAGCACCCUCAAAUUCCAGGUUAUUAUUCAAGGAGAGGUCUUUAGCUCCAGUGAUCCUUCAGAGGGGCUAGCCAUUGAUGAUGUUUCAUUCGGGGAAGGUUGUGAUGCUAGCCCUGCCAUGGCGUGUGACUUUGAGUCCGGGUUGUGUGGAUGGAGUGUAGAGGCCACAGACUGGGCCUCCAGCUGGAAGAGAGUGAAGGCUGAAGACGCUGUCCUCAAUGGCAGUGCUCCCUCACAGGACCACAGUAACAGGUCCUCACAAGGCCAUUAUCUGUGGCUGGCAGGUGAGGCUGGUCUGGGCUCAAGCAGUGUGUUAGCGAACAGCUCCGUGUACCACUCCACCGCGCCUUCCUGCGCUUUCCGUUUCCACUACAGUCUCCAGGGCAACGGCACUCUGAGCGCGUGGCUGCGUGGCGGCCGGAUCGUGUUUGAAGGCCGCGUCGUGGGCGAGGGUGGAUUCCUCGCGCUCGACAGCUUCCUGUUCUCCGACUGUGAGGCGACGCCCGUGCCCAGCGUUUGCCCCGAGGGCUCGUGGCCCUGCGAGGCACAGGGUGGAGAUUUGAGGAAUCGUACCAUCAUCAGUGAACCCACUGUCAACACAGAGUGGAGGAGGGUGGAGGUGAACAUAGACCCAGUAGCCCUCGAGAGCAGGAUUCCCUUCCAGGUUCUUCUGCGGGCCUCUUUGCAUGCAGCCCACGCCACGCUGGCUGUAGAUGACAUCAGCCUGAUGCCAGAGUGCCGUCCAACUAACACCACACUUCCCAUGACGAGCAAUGACACCACAGACGACGGGCCCGUCGUGCUCCUGAGUCACGGCUCCCUCUCUCGCACUCUCGGCCUGGCGGUGGACGGUAACCGGCUGGCCUGGGUGUCCGACAUCACCGAUGACCCCUCAGCAGCGUUCAGACUGGUGUCCCCCGGGCUCUACCAGGGCCUGAGGGGCUCCGUGUCUCUCGAGUGGGCAGAGAACAGCUCCCUUUUUCUGGCACGCCCGCCCUCGGGCCCCCUCCGGCUGUUUGUGGAGGAGAUUCCAGAGCAGGGGGCAGACUCGGCCAGGGCCUCCUUCUGGCUGCACGGAGAGAAAUGGCUGCCCGGCUUCUGGGCUCUGGAAGCCGUCGGUGUGCCAGGUCACUACAUUCACAGGCUGGGCAACAACGUCUCUGUUGCCAGGGAUGACGGCAGUCAGGAUUUCAGGGAGAGAGCCAGCUGGAGAAUCGUUCGCGCAAAUGUGAGUGUGCCCCCCACUCCUCCUCCGCAAUGCCCACCCCCCUCUUUCCUCUGUGGGAACGGGGAGUGCAUCGAUCGGAGGAAAGUGUGUGACUUUACCCCGCACUGCCCUGCUGGAGAGGACGAAGCAGACUGUCCCGCACAAUGUGACUUUGAACGGGACUCGUGCGGCUGGUACGAGUUCACUGAGGGAGAUGGGUUUGAUUGGUCCAGAAGCUCAGCCGCCAAGGUACCCGAGGAGUUCCAGGAUCGGUGCCCCCCACGGGACCACACCACCAACACCACUGAAGGCCAUUUCAUGUUUGUGCUAAAGAACAGAACUAGCCUCUCCCAAAAAGCAUACCUCCGGGGACCAAAGUUUCAGCAGUCCGCUUCUGCCUGCAUGGUGACGUUUUGGCAUUACAACUACGGGAUUUCUGUGGGUGCGGCGGACAUGUACCUUACCAUAGAUGGCGUGGAGAAUGUCACGGUGGUGUGGCGCACGCUGUACAACCAGGGUAGCCACUGGCAUCCUGUAGCAGUGCAGCUGGGCCGCAUCGCACAGCCCUUCCAGUUUUCUGUGGUGAAGCUCAGCCUGGGCAUCUUCGAUGGAGUCUCUGCCCUGGACGAUAUCACCUUCCACAACUGCUCGCUGCCCCCUCCGGUGGAGCACUGCCACGGCCACGACCGCUUCCACUGCAAGAGGAGCCGAGCCUGCAUUGACCGGCAGCUGCUCUGCAACCUGAUAGACGACUGCGGGGAUGGCUCGGACGAGGAGGGCUGCUCCCCGGAGCUGAUGUGCAACUUCGAGGAAGGCCUCUGCAACUGGACGCAGGACAAGCAGGAUGACGUCUUCGACUGGACCAGGAUCCAGGGCCCCACCCCGACCCUGAACACGGGGCCCUGGAAGGACCACACCCUGGGCAACGUGAAUGGGCACUACCUGUUCAUCGAGGCCUCAGACCCGCAGCAGUUCCGGGACACGGCCGUGUUGGUCAGCCGAAGCUUCCAGCCAACCACCAUCCGCAGCCACGGCAACCGUAACUGUGUCUUCCGCUUCAGCUACCACAUGUUCGGCAAGCACGUCUUCAGCCUGGCCGUGUACAUCAGGACCAUGGCCAGUGGGCGGGGUCCACUGCUCUGGGUGCGCUAUGGGGAGCAGGGAAACAUGUGGCACAGCAAGACACUCUACCUCAGCAGCAUCCGGCCCUUCCAGGUUUUGGUGGAAGGCACGGUGGGCGAUGAUUUCGACGGUGACAUUGCCAUCGACGACUUGUCCUUCCUGGAUUGUAUCCCAUAUGAUGGGGACCUGCCGUCGGAGGUGCCUACGCCUCCCCCAGAGACCACCACCACCACCACGGAGCGCCCUAACAGCUGCUCUGAAGGGGAGCUGGUGUGCGAUGUUACCGGGGACUGUGUGGACUGGCAGAAGAGAUGUGACUUCCGCCAUGACUGCUCUGAAGGAACAGAUGAGCUCUACUGUGUGAGUGAGGUGUGCGAUUUCGAGGAGGGUAAGCACUGUGGCUGGUAUCAGAGCUGGCCAUCCACAGUCUUCUCCAUCCACUCCUUCAGGUGGCUGAGUGGCCAGGGCAAAAGCAUCCACCAUGGGGAGGAAUUGCACAGGCCGGCCAACGACCACACCCAAGGCACCCCGGAGGGCUGGUACAUGUAUGCUGACAGCUCAAACGGAGGGUACGGCCACAUCGCCGACCUCCUGACCCCCGCCAUCUCCGCCACCGGGCCCCGGUGCACCCUGGUCUUCUGGUACCACAUGAGCGGCUUCACCGUGGGAACGCUGCAGGUGCUCAGAAAGUUUGGAAACGUCACCCAUGAGUUGUGGUCGCAGACCGGCAGCCAGGGGAGCAGGUGGAAGAGGGGAGAGGUCUUCCUCGGCAUUCGGCACAACUUCCAGAUGAUCCUGCGGGCCCGGCGUGGGAUCAGUUACAUGGGAGACGUUGUGGUGGACGACGUGUCCUUCCAGAACUGCAUGCCGCUGCUGGUCCCAGACCGGCCCUGCGGGACAGAUGAGUACGCCUGUGCCAACAAGUACUGCAUCCCCGCGGACCACCUCUGUGACUUCAUCGACGACUGUGGGGACGGAUCUGACGAGAACCCCUACAUCUGCAGGGGCUUUAGCAGCCAGUGCGACUUUGAGUUCGACCUGUGCUCCUGGCGUCAGUGCAGCCAGGACAAUUUUGAUUGGCUGAUCAAAGCAGGAAGCACCCGUACUGGGGGCACGGGGCCCUCCACGGACCACACGCUGAGGGACCCUUCCGGCCACUACAUAUACCUGGAGAGCUCUUUCCCGCAGUCCACGGGCGACGUCGCCCGGAUCUCCGGCCCCACCUUCAGCUGGAGGAGUCGAGAGUGCAAGAUGGUUUUCCACCUGCACAUGUCCGGGGACGGCAUCGGCGUGCUCAGCGUAUUCCAGAUCAGCGGAUCCCAGCCCCUGCUCCUGCUCAACCUGACCGGGGACCAGGGGAACUACUGGCAGCACAGGGAGGUCAACCUCACCGCACCCCAAGACUUCCAGGUCAUGUUCGAGGGCAGGAUCGGCAGGGGCACCAGGGGAGACAUCUGCCUGGAUGACAUCACCUUCUCCCCGGGCUGCCUGCUGUCCUCGUCCCCGACACCCGUGGAGCCCACAUCGCUGCCCCCUACAGGGUCUUGUCCAUACGGAUACCUGGAGUGUGAGAACGGGCAGUGCUUCCGGCCAGAGCAGAGCUGUGACUUCGUGGAUGACUGUGGGGAUGGGACGGAUGAGCGGGGCUGCGGGACCUCCUGCACGUUCGAGAGGGGCCGCUGCGGCUGGAAGAGCUCUCUGGCAGACAACUUCGACUGGACGCUGGGGGUGGGCUCAGUCCAGAGCUUCAGGCCCCACUUCGACCACACGUUGGGGAACGAGGAAGGGCACUUUGUUUAUCUGGAGGCCACGCCCGUGGGGUUGAAAGGAGACAAGGCGCAUAUGAGGAGCUCGGUGUGGAAGGAGUCCAGCUCCACCUGCAAGCUGACGUUCUGGUACUACAUAUCCUCCAAGGCCCAUGGGGUCAUCCGCCUCCUGGUGAAGGUGGACAGUGGCUUAACAGAAGUGUGGAACAAGAGUGGGAACCAGGGGGAACGGUGGAACCGAGCCGAGGUACCCCUGAGGAAGAUGAGGAACUUCCAGCUGAUCUUCGAAGGGGUCCGGGCGCAGGACGUCAGUGGAGGCGCUUCUGUGGACGACAUCGAGUUCAGCAACUGUGCACCGAGUACAGAACUACCAGCAUCCUGCCCAGCAGCCACAGAUUUUGUUUGCCAAAAUAGAGACUGUAUCGAGUCGCACCUGGUGUGCGAUAACAAGGCUGACUGCACGGACGAGUCGGAUGAGAUUGACUGCAGUCACAUCCUGGACCUUCCUGGCGCCUGUAACUUCGACAUGGCGGAGUCGCAGUCCUGGGAGGAGGCAUGUCAGCUGGCCCAGGACCACAGCGAUGACUUCGACUGGAGGAUCGGUCACACCAGAGUGACCCCGCAGACCGGACCGCUGUCGGACCACAGCCCAGACGAGCAGGGGAAUUUUUUGUACGUGUACUCUGCGGUGCAGAGAGAAGGCGACAUUGCCACCUUCGCCACCAAGACACCUUUCCCAGCUAGCAUUGGGGUGUGCCACCUCCGAUUCUGGUACUACAUGUAUGGCUCUGCACGGAUGGGCACUCUGAAGGUGUACACGGUCGGGGAGAGCGGAGCCGCCCUGCUGAUGUGGGCCGUCAACGGCGACCAGGGGGACCGGUGGAGCUACGCCAACGCGGUGCUCUCCAGCGGCACGCCCUUCAGAGUGGCCUUCCAGGCGGUGGUCGGGGGCGACGUGCGCACGGACAUCGCCCUGGACGACAUCUCUUUCUCCACGGAAUGCGCGGUGGGAGGCCCAGUGACCCCCGAGCCCCCUACCUGUGGAGCAGACUCCUUCCAGUGUCUGUAUAGCUUCCAGUGCAUCCCCCAGAGCUGGCUGUGUGACGGGGAGGAGGACUGCCGUGACCUGUCUGACGAGGAGCUGUGCCCCUCCAGGGUGCCCGGCACGCCGCCCCCUCAGGGCCGCUGUGGGGAAGGGCAGUAUGAGUGCAGCGGUGGCGUCUGCCUGCCCUCCCUGCUGCGCUGUGACGGGGUCCCAGACUGCGCUUCCGGGGAGGACGAGUUCAGCUGCCCUGUGCAGCAGUGUACUGACGGAGCUCUGAUGUGUGAGGAGAGGUCCAGCUGUAUCCCCCCUGAGCAGCGCUGUGACGGCUUCAUCGACUGCUCCUCCUUCGCGCCCGACGAGUCCAGCUGCCACGAAUGUCCUGAGGGAUUCUGUAUGAAUGAAGGCGUGUGCCACGUUGAGGUGUGGGGCCCCUUCUGCCACUGUGUUCCGGGCUGGAGAGGCAAUCGGUGUCAUUUGAGAGAGAAGCCAUCGCCCCCUGUCCCUUCCCCAGGACCUGCAGACCCAGGACAGGAGUCCCUGUACACUGGUCUUGGAGCGGGGCUAGUGCUCCUGUUCCUGACCAUCGCCGUUGCUGCCUUCGCUCUGUUCAGAAGAAAAGGCUCUUCCUUGACGUCUAAGGAAAUGGACUGUGCGGUGAUGGAUAAUCCAGUGUUUGACCUCCUCGACUGGAGAGCGGGGUUCCCUUCCAUUGAAAAGAUGCCUGGGGCUUCCAUCAGUGUGUUCCCCUGGAGGACGGAGACAGAGGGCCUGGACAUGACGAACUCAAAGCUGUCCUUCAGCAACCCGCUGUACCAGUCCCCCACCGGAGAAGGGCCGGACUCCAGGAGCUCUGUAGCUUAGCCACCUGGAAGCCUUGAAAUGUCUGACAUUAAAACCACAAGACAAAUAAAUGUUUGUCUUUUUGUAAUCAAAUAAAAUCACUUUAUUUUGCAUCGCGCUUUUUACAGAGAACUGACACAAGAAUGGUUUAUCGAGAGCAGAAGGAAAAUUGGGCAGUAAUUAGGCCUAAACCCAGAAAAAGCAAGCAAGUGAGAUAAUGGCUCCCCAGUGGGGAGAAACACACUCAAAAAUGCAUUCUUCAAAGCAUGACUGCAAUGUAACUGUAAUACAAAAUGCUAAUGCUAACCAGUGUAAUUUUGUCAAACGACUUGGAAAAUUACUUUCCAAGUCAUACUAAGGGAAAAGUGGGGACCCUUCUAGCAAAUUAUCAGUUUGUGCUAGGCUCAUAAAGACUGCAAAAUCAUGCAGCUCAGUAAUAGGCAAUGGAAAUCUGCGCUCUGCCCACUUUAUUAAAUUAUAUGAUACUGUGGGAAAUAUGUGAGAACACAUUUAAGAAUCUAUAUUUUAUUGGGUUUUAAAUAUUACUUGCAAAUGAGAGUUUUACAGUGGCAUUUUCUUUUUCCACAAAGCCACUUUUCUGCACAUAUGCUACACAUUACUGAACUACUAAAACUGAGAAACGCGCUCAAAUCUUCCGGAAAAUGUGUGAUCACAAACAGCCAGAAGUAGUUUUGGCCUCAGUUUAACAUCAGCAGUCUUCCUGAAAUGACUUGCUUCCAUUGCCGUUCAGUCAGAAAGAGUCCAUGCAAAGACUAUCAUGCAAAAUAACAAUGAGGAUCUAAUUAUGGCCAACAGUGGAUGUUAUUAAAUAUAUUGUAAUGCCACAUCUUUCUGCCAAAGUGGCUGUUCUACUUCUGCCACAUCCUGUAUGUGUUAUUGUUUAUAUUACAUUAUUAUUCAUGGUCUGUUGGCCUUUGCUUCACAUGGUUCUUAUUCAAAUUCACUGGGGCAAAAGCAUAUCUAUUAUUCAUGUACUUUAAAGAAGUUAAAACCAAGGAACACGUGCAGUGAAUAAGGUGUGUAUGUUUUCUGAAUCACUCAUACUAGUUUAAAUGGGUAAUCGUUCAAUAUUCUGUUGUAAAGCAGCUCUACUCUAUU